AUGGAAAACAUCUCCUCUUCCCAUAUUCUCAUUGUCACAGCUCUGAAUGACUGGGACUGGACCAGCAGGAUCUUAUUUUUUUCUUUUGCACUUCCUUGUUACCUGCUGACUAUUGUUCUAAAUGCCACCUUGAUUAUGAUUAUUGCAUUUGAGAAAGCUCUGCAUGAGCCCAUGUACAUUUUCUUGUGUAAUCUGUGUAUCAAUGAUCUGUGUGGAACCACUGGGUUUUAUCCCAGGGCCUUAACAUAUUUACUCACAGAAAGAAAUGUUAUUUUACAUGCGGAAUGUAUUGUUCAAGGUUUUGUCAUCAUUGUCUUUUCAAUUGGUGAAUUCACAAAUUUAAGUGUCAUGGCUGUUGAUAGAUACAUAGCCAUAUGUCGACCAUUACAUUAUCAUAGAAUUAUGUCUCCUUUUACUGUGCUGAGCCUGGUGACUUUUAUUUGGGUAUUUCCUUGUUCUGUAGGUGCAAUGUCAAUCUCAUUGACUCUGAAGUAUCCUCUUUGCAGGCAUGACAUUAAUAGGAUUUUCUGUGAAAACCUGUCCUUGCUGAAUCUUGCGUGCAAACAAGAUUUUUUUCAAGGAACAUUUAAUGGAUUUGUCUAUAUUAGCAUGGGUGUCUUUUUUGUUUUUGUUCUUUUUUCCUAUUUUAAAAUCAUUCUUGCUUGUAGAAAAUCAAAAGUAAGUCGAGAGAAGUUCUACAGCACAUGUAUACCACACUUGAUUUCAUUUCUGAACACAACCUGUGGUCUUUCUGAUUCUGUCUGCACACAGUUUAAAGUAGAAACACUGUCUCAUGUAGUAUAUACAUUUUUGUCUAUAAUAAACCUGACUGUUCCCCCUAUUGUUAAUCCUGUAAUCUAUGGUAUAAAGUUAGGUCCAAUUAGGGCUAAAUUAUUGUAUAUUUUCAGAAAAUUGAGGAUUAAUAACUUGUAA